GAGAGAACACGGCAUCAUCCUGUUGAUGAGGCUGACAGCCGCCUGAGCCAAAGCACUGGCAUUUUCCACCCAUCUAUAUGGCGUGGUUUCUUCAUUGGCUACGACUCUAACCCAGAAACAGGCUUGGAUGGAUCGAGCAGACAAACUCAAGGAAGAAGUGGCCCAAAUGAUAAUAGCAAGUUCAACUGCUUGUGGCCUGCAUGAUCGGCUGCUUUUCAUCGAUGCAUUGGAGCGUCUGUGCUUGGAUCACCUGUUCGAAGAAGAGAUCAAUGCUGCAUUGUCACAAAUUGAGGCUGCUGAUGUUAGUGACCGUGACCUUGGUACAGUAGCUCUCUGGUUUUAUCUACUCAGGAAACAUCGGUUCUGUGUUUCACCAGAUGUGUUUGUAAGGUUCAGAAAUGUGGAGGGGGGUUUCUUACUGAACAAUCCUAUAGACCUGCUGCACCUCUACAACGCUGCGCAUCUCCAGACCCAUGGGGAGAUAAUACUUGAUGAAGCCAUAAUAUUCACAAGAAGGCGUUUAGAAAUGAUGCUGCCCUCUGUGGAAGGGUCGUUCCCACGUGAAAUUAAAUCCACGCUUGAGAUCCCACUCCCUAGAAGGGUUAGAAUCUACGAGUCAAAGUACUACAUCUCUGCAUAUGAGAAAGAUGCUACCCUGCAUGAGAAGGUACUGCAACUUGCAAAGCUGAAUUCAAAUAUUAUGCAGCUCCAUCAUCAGCAAGAGUUGAGUGUCCUUACAAGAUGGUGGGAGGAUAUAAAGAUUGAAUCGAUGCUUCCUUUUGCUCGAGAUAGAAUUGUGGAGUGCUUUUUGUGGAUCUUAGGAGUGUACUUCGAACCAUGUCAUUCACGAGCUCGAAUAAUAUUGACAAUGAUUAUUGCCAUUGUGACCCUCUUGGACGAUAUUUAUGAUUCUUAUGGAUCACCAGAAGAAUGUGACAUACUUACCAACUGCAUUGAAAGCUGGGAUCGAAAGGCUGUUCAUGAUCUCCCAGAGUGCAUGAGAUUUGCUUUGGGGAAAAUAUUGGACAGCUAUGAAACCAUUGCGAAUAUGCUUCACCAGGAGGAGAAAUAUCGCAUGCUGUAUCUAAGAUACUUUACGGUAGACCUGGUAAGAAGCUUCAACAUGGAGGUUAAAAUGCUCCAGGAAGGAUACAUUCCGAAGUCUGUUGAAGAGCACCUAAAGGUUUCACUAAGAACUGGUGGAUGCCCCAUUUUGUCGUGUGCAUCCUUCGUUGGGAUGCAUGAUAUAGCCACAACAGAAUGUUUUGAUUGGGUUUCUAGUGUCCCUAAAUUGGUCCAGGCACUUUCCAUAAUUCUCAGACUAGUAGAUGACCUCCAGUCAUAUGAGCGAGAGCAACUGAUCCCUCAUGCUGCUUCGACCAUCGAUAGCUACAUGAAGGAGCACGGUGUCUCGAUUGAAGUGGCACGUGAGAAGAUACACACACUGAAGGAGGAGUCAUGGAAAGAUUUUAACAGCGAGUGGCUGAAUCCCAACACCGCCUACCCAAAGCAGCUAUUGGAGAGGAUAUUCAACUUGGCAAGGACGAUGGAGUUCAUGUACAACCAAGAGGACAAUUUCACAAACUGCUGGAAGCUCAAGGAUACCGUCCAUUCAUUGUUGGCGGAGCGAUUUACGAUCCCCAUCUAGUAUCAGCAAUCAACAUUAAACUUUUUUGUGCGGGUAUUCAACAUUAAACUGUAUGUCCAACUAAUAAUACAACGUCAUGUCAGCUCUCCUUCUGCACCUAUUUGUAUCUCGAAUUUAUCUAUAUACAUAGAGAGAGAGACAGAGGGGGUGAAAGCUGUUAGCUCUCCAGAGGUAAUGAAGCCACUACCAGUG